UAAAGUACAGCCAUCUCUUGUUUUUUGAAAUUACUAACUGAAGAGAAUUUGCCGCUCUCAACAGCUGAUUGUGUCAUGAAUUUACAAACUGGUAAAUACUAAUUUACUUUGACUAAUUGUAUGUUACCAUCUGAAAACCAUUGGAAAUGAAAGUAAAUAUUAAAAGUUGGCGUGGAGUAGCUGUAUGGAAAUGGAUUGCCAAGGAUGAUAAUUGUGGAAUCUGUCGAAAUGCUUUUGAUGGAUGUUGUACAGAUUGUAAAAUGCCUGGUGACGAGUGUCCGCUUGUUUGGGGACAGUGCUCUCAUUGUUUCCAUAUUCAUUGUAUUAUGAAAUGGUUGAACUCUCCUCAAGUAGUCCAAUUGUGUCCUAUUUGUCGUCAAGAUUGGAAAUUUAAGGAAUAAAAAGAAGCUAUUUUUUAUCCGAGGUAAA